UUUUAGUACCAAAAUUUAACGUUUUUCAAAAACUAAUGUGAGAUUCGUAAUCAGCGUCGAAAACUGCAUCUAGUGGUAUGCUCCUAUCAGUUCUACUCUAAAAUAAUUUUUUCAAAAACUUGAUCAGCGAAGUCUCGAGUUACGUGGACAAGCCGCUUGAAGAUCGAAAUCACAUAUUCUUCAUUUUUCAGUUCACAAGCAAUAGGUUCUGAUAAGCAAUAGGUUUACCCCUUAUAUAAAGAAGUUAAGCCUUUUUUCUAGCUUUUGUUUACCAAAAAUGUAAUCAAGCUUUUCUCAAAAAGUUCAAUUUUUUUUGGCGCUUUUUCAAAAUUAAAAAUAACCACGAGGAUUUACACCUCUUUUCUAACGUUUUCUACAUUUCUAUAGGUUCUCGGACGAAAAAGACACCGAAACAUGCGGUUUUUUAUGUAUCUCGCAAAUCACGAAAGUUAAACGGUUUACGUGAACAGUAGUGUACGAGCUAAAGAUAAACGUAAACCUGCCUGCUUUCUCUAUUUCCUCUAGAAAUUGAAAAGUUUUUCAUACCACAUUCCCUGACUACGCGUUGUCUUAUUCAACAGGUAUCAAGGACAUCGAAAUAACUGGCAUUGUCAUCUGUGUGUUAGGUUUGAACCAUAUUGUAAUGAAGGAAAAGCGAAGGUCAAUCCUAAGUAUGUGCAAGAAGCGACCAAUCUUCGUCAGAAAACUAUUGGCAAAUAUCAGAAAUAUCAACGUGACUGUAUCGAUAAAGCAGGAAAACUACAGGAUAUAAAAGUUGAUCUGUUACAACUUGAGUCUACUGAAUUUGGUCUUCGAUUUAUGGUACGUGAACCGCGUAUUGCUAUCUGCAGCAAACAACAUUCAACAACACUACGUGCACUUUAUGAUUAUCUGAUGCAACUGUACGCUAGUAUGAUCACGAUUCAUGAAGAUUUUAACAACUUGGGUUGCCAUCUGUGUCUCUUUGUGUCGACACAAAGUGGCACAACCGCACGUUCCGCUACUUUAUUUAAUUCAGGUAACGUUACAGAUGUCGAUACAGUUGGUUAUAUACAAAUGGGUGCGGAAGAUUACUAUCGAAUAUUGCCUACUGAACUGAAACAUAAAUGGUUAAAUGAAUUUAGAAACAAUGGGCAAUAUAUUGUGCAUACGUAA